AUGCAAGUUGUUCUCUUGAUUUCUUUAUUAGUUGGUCUAACAACAUUUGUAACAGCAAGUGAUGUGCUCGUCUUUACUGAUAGUGAUUUCGAGACAAAAAUUCGUCAACAUGAUGUUAUUCUUGUUGAAUUUUAUGCACCAUGGUGUGGCCAUUGCAAACGACUUGCACCAGAAUAUGAAAAAGCUGCUACUAUGUUGUUAAAAAAUGAUCCACCUGUUCCUUUAGCUAAAGUUGAUUGUACUGUUGAAACCAAAAUCUGUGGUAAACACGGUGUUAGUGGUUAUCCAACAUUGAAAAUCUUUAAAAAUGGUGAAUUUGCUGAAGAUUACAAUGGCCCACGAGAAGCCGAUGGUAUUGUUUCAACAAUGCGAUCAAAAGCUGGUCCAUCAUUUCGAAUACUUGAAACAUUAGCUGAUUAUGAAAAAUUUUUAGAUCAUUUCGAUCACAGUAUCAUUGGUUAUUUUGACAGUGAUACUAAUUCAUUAAAAAAUGAUCUUAUUAAAACUGCUGAUCAAUUAUCUGAAAAAUUUCGUUUUGCUUAUACAACAUCAAAAGAAAUUCUUGAUAAAGUUGAGCAUUUAAAUAAAAUUGUUAUUCAUCAACCAAAACGAUUACAAUCAAAAUUUGAAAAUGCUGUUUCAGCUGUUGAAGGUGUUGGUAACAAAAUCAAAACAUUUAUUCAAGAAAAAAUUCAUGGUCUUGUUGGUCAUCGCACACCAUCAAAUACUGCUGACUUUUCUAAACCAACUGUUGUUGUUUAUUACAAUGUUGAUUAUGUUCGUGAUACUAAGGGUACAAAUUAUGUUCGUAAUCGUAUCUUAAAAAUUGCGAAAAAAUUAGCUGAUGAAAAUGUUAAUGUUCGUUUUGCUAUAAGCAAUGCUGAAGAAUUUCGUAAUGAAUUAAACGAAUUUGGAAUUGAUGACAUUAAAAAAGAUGGAAAAUAUGUACUUGCUCGGGGUGCUGCUGAUGAAAAAUAUAAAAUGUUAGAAGAUUUUACUUUUGAACUUCUUGAAGACUUUGCUCGUAAAGUUGUUAAUGAUGAUCUUGAACCAUAUAUUAAAUCUCAACCAAUACCUGAACAAACUGGUGAUGUUAAAGUUGUUGUAGGAAAGAAUUUUAAUGAAAUUGUUAAUGAUAAAUCAAAAGAUGUUCUUAUUGAAUUUUAUGCACCAUGGUGUGGUCAUUGUAAAUCACUGGCUCCUAAAUAUGAUGAAUUAGCUAAGAACUUACGAAAAGAACCAAAUCUUGUUAUUGCUAAAAUGGAUGCUACAGAAAAUGAUGUUCCAAGUCCAUAUGAUGUUCAAGGAUUUCCAACAAUUUAUUUUGCACCCAAGAAUAACAAAGAUAAUCCACGCAGAUAUGAUGGUGGACGUGAAGUUGAUGAUUUUAUCAAAUAUUUAGCUAAGGAAGCUACAGAACCUCUUCAAGGUUAUGAUCGUAAUGGAUCAAAGAAGAAGAGUCAAAAAACACCCGAUGAUGAACUUUAA